AUGGAGCCCCAAACAUUCCGGGCGUCGGUGAGUGUGAUCAACUUCAAGUCGCAGGGCAGCCGGAAAACCUACAAGUUCCAGCGAUCUCUUCAGUUUGAGGAGUCGGAGGACGAAGAGGAGCCAAGCGAAGCGGCCCUGGUGGAGAGGCACCGGCGCCUCAGCUGGAUUGUGCAGCGGUCGGACAGCCGAUGGCGGCAGCUUUGGACAUUGCUGAUACUGCUGCUUCUGAUGUACACCGGCACCAUCUUCCUCUACCGGAUGACGUUCAUCCGCAGCCAUGCUCGGGGAACGCUGUCUGAGCCAGAGUUCUGGUCCUUCUUUGACAGGUUCGUGGAUGUGGUGUUUGUGGUUGAUGUGGUGAUGCCCUUCUUCUUCUCCUACGUCAGCUCGGAUGGCAAAGAGGUCGUGUCCUUGCGGCGCAUUGCCAGGAGAUACAUCCUUGGAAACUUCACCAUCAACUUGAUCUCCAGCCUCCCGGAGCCUUUUGUGGAAGCCGUCGUCUCCUUUGCAUUGGCGGAGGACAUCAACUCCAACCAGGCCAACCGUGCACUCCGCAUUAUCCGAAUGCAGCAGAUGACAAAGCUGCUCAAGUAUCUGCGAGUGGUAAAGCUGAUUCAGCUCGUUGAGUGGGUCAAGCACUACAAGUUCGUGGCCGUGCUGAAUCUUCUCUUGGGCCUAAUCUGGCUGGUUCACGUCUUGGCAUGCGGGUGGUAUCUUUGCGCAUCCCUUCACGAUGACCACAUGGAGACAUGGCUGGCGUUCCGGCUCGUCAACCAAGACCAAGACAUGCUACUCUACAGACCGCCAGUGGAGCAGUGGAUACAUGCAGUCUACUUUGUGUUCACCGUCUUCACCACAGUCGGUUUCGGCGACUUCUCCGUCAAGACACUGCCGGAAGUCUUGUACGUCUGCUUCACCAUGCUAAUAGGCACCGUGAUGCACAGCGUCAUCAUCGGCAAGGUCAUUUCGGAGGUGUCGCAGGACACCGAGUUGAAAACCCUGGCGCAGCAUCGGCAGCGGCUGGUGGCCGGAUUUAUGCAGCACGCGCGACUCCGUGGUGGUGUCGCAAAGUCUCUGCAGAACUGGGUGCGGCACGGGCUUAGGGACGUGCCUCGACAGCACGACCUCGAUGAGAUGCAGCAGCUGAUCGUCACGGACAUGCCGCUGAAUUUGGCCAGAGAGCUUCACGGCAGCCUGUUCGAUGGCGAGCUGGCGCGAAACAACUUCCUGAAGCACCCCUCCUUUCCUGGCAUACCGGCUCGUUUGCCGCUGCUGCUGUCGGUGGUGCUGGUGCCCAAGCUUUACGAGGGGGCACAGAUCGUCUACCAGAAGGGCGAUCCUGCCUUCCACAUGUACCUUAUACUGCGAGGCACCUUCGCCUUCGUGGCGGCGCCCGUGCGGGACCACCACAAAAGGAGGUCCCAGCGAGGAAGCCGUCACAGUGAUGGCAUCCAGAGUCCUUACCAACUCUUUUCCUUCCACGCCUACUUCGGGGAUUUGGAGCUUCAGUCUGAGUAUACUCUUCAUCGGCCGGGGACGGUGCGUUGCGAGCUGGCCGGGGAGACCCUGCGCUUGCCGAAAGGUGAGUACACGACCUUGUGCCGUGACUUUCCGCAAUAUGCCUCCUUCUGGCGCACCUACUCCUUACGCCGGGAGUCGCGCCGACAGCGGCUGCGACAACAUCACAGUCUCUCACUGAGCUACGACCACUGGGCGGCUACGCAGAUUCAGCGAUUCUUUCGCAACGUCAAGGAGGGGGUUCGGAAGUGCAGCAAGCUGUCCGCGAGCCACGCGGCGCGCUCGCACAGCGGAGAUCUCAACGAAUUGUUGCUGUCACCGCGGGGGCGCCGGAACUCUAGCAGCACCCCGACGAAGAAAAGCAAGUUCAAUGCCAGGGAAGGUCGACCAAAACCCUUAGUUCCUUAA